GUCGUGUGACCGGAAGAAGCGCUGGUUAGGAGCUUGGAGGAGGCGGCUCUCUCUUGGAGAUUGAGUCUUGUUUUCGCUCCGCCCCGCUUCGUAGCGGCCCGGCGGCUUGUAAGGUCUGGUGUACGAGUUUAGGUCAUGGCGCUAGCCUCUAGACUAUGGCGCUUUGUUUGCUUGGGACGUGCGGCUCCGGGGCCUCGAUUCCCCGCAAGGACUCCGAGCAGCCACGGGCAGUGCGGGCUCCGGCCAUUCCGCUGCUCAGAGGUGAUACGAAAUCCAAGAACUUUCAGAAGAGGCCUUUUAUUCUCAGCAUUGUCUUACUUGGGUUUUGAAACUUACCAAGUAAUUUCUCAGGCUGCUGUAGUUCAUGCCACAACUCAAGUUGAAGAGAUCCUUGAGCAAGCAGACUACCUGUAUGAAAGUGGAGAAACAGAAAAACUUUAUCAAUUGCUAACUCAGUACAAGGAAAGUGAAGAUGCAGAGUUACUGUGGCGUUUGGCACGGGCAUCACGUGAUAGAGCUCAGCUUAGCAGAACUUCAGAAGAAGAGAAGCAGCUUCUUGUGUACGAAGCCCUUGAGUAUGCAAAAAGAGCACUGGAAAAGGAUGAGUCAAGUUUUGCUGCCCAUAAGUGGUAUGCAAUCUGCAUUAGUGAUGUUGGAGAUUAUGAAGGCAUCAAGGUUAAAAUUGCAAAUGCCUACAUUAUCAAGGAACAUUUUGAGAAAGCAAUUGAACUGAACCCUAAAGAUGCUACCUCAAUUCACCUUAUGGGUAUUUGGUGCUAUACAUUUGCUGAAAUGCCUUGGUAUCAAAGAAGAAUUGCUAAAAUGCUGUUUGCAACUCCUCCUAGUUCCACCUAUGAGGAGGCCUUGGGCUACUUUCACAGAGCAGAACAAGUGGAUCCAAACUUCUACAGCAAAAACUUGCUUCUUUUAGGAAAGACAUACCUGAAGCUAAACAACAAAAAGCUUGCUGCUUUAUGGCUAAUGAAAGCCAAGGACUAUCCAGCACACACUGAAGAAGAUAAGCAGAUACAAACAGAAGCUGCUCAGUUACUUACAGGUUUGUGACAAGAACUGAAAACUUGCAGAAAAGAAAAUAAAUGAAUACCCAGCAAACUGUUUCUUCAUUGAAUUACAUAUAAUAAUUAACCACAGUGUUCUGAGCCUUUUUCUCAGUUCUUUUAAUGCUGUAACCAUUAAAUUGAUUAAAUGUUCAAAAUUCUCAGUUUCUUCACAAAGAAGGUGGCAAGAAAAAUAACUUCAUAUCAUCCUAAGGGUGGUAUGUAUAAAAUUCCCAUGGCUCAGGCAGAAAGAUUAUUUUGCAUCUGGAACACCAAUACAAAAUGGAAUGAAGUUUCUAAGUACUGAUCAGAUCCAGAUACCCUCCAGAAGAGAGAGUAUCAAGAAACGAACGAUUUAUGGAAUUAGAAACCCAGCUUGUGAGUGUGGAUUUUCAGGCUAGAUUUGAUACAGAGUUGCAGUCUUACAGAGAAGGCACAGGGAAAGGCACUUAGGAUAUUGAGGGAUUCUUGGUAUGAAGCACAGUAGGGUGAUGCGUCUUGGAGCCAGCCUGCAGGAGGAGAGAAUUCAAAGUCAGGAGAUGGAGGUGGAGUGGUUUCUUUUUAAAUGUGGUAUAGACUCACAAGUUCACUGAACUUGUCACCAGACAGUCCAAACUGCAUUUCAUAUUGAGAUGAAAAAAUAGAAUUUCAGAGUGAAAUGGAAAUUAAGAUAAUUUAAAUAAGGUCAAUGUUACUUUCUGGUAGCGUUGUGGUUGGAGUACAACCACUGUAAAAUCUUAAGCCUUGUAAAAAGGAGCCUCUUGAAAUGCCACUUAACUAAAUCUGAGAUUGUGUAUGUUGGUCAAUUUUCCUUCAUUUCUUUUAUUUUGUGGUGCUUGGGAUUGAAUCCAAGGGCCUUGUGCAUGGCAGCCAAGUUCUCUACCACUGUGCUCUACCCUCAGCCAUGUGGGUGCAUUUUUUCCACAAAGGAUUAAAAAACUGUCAUGUUACAGUAGUAUGUACUGUUUCUGUCAUGUAAAUCUUCAGACAUAAAAAAUGAAAACAGUUCUGUAUACCUUUUUCUCAGAUUCACCUAUGGUUAAUCUUUUGUUGUAAUUUGUGUAUCUGUAUUUUUAUUUGAAUUUAAUUGCAGAUGUAUUUCACUGUGUAUCCUCUAUCCUGAGAAUGUCUUCCAAAAAACAAAUACAUUACCACAACUAUAAAAUUACUGAUUCUUUAAUAACAUCUACUUCUCAAGCCAUAUUCAGACUCCCUCGGAUGUCCCAAAAUCUGCUUUUUGAAUCAGGACCAAUCACAGAUCAUACAUUGCAUUUGAUUUGCUGCCUACUUUUAAUCUAGAAGAGUUUGCUGUCUUUCUGUUCAGAGUGUCUUUUGGAGAGACUAGUCCAUUUCUCUUUUUCAUUUUUAUCGGUACCAGGGAUCGAACUCACGACUGCCUGCUUCCAAGGCGGGCGCUUAUGCCACUGAGCUAAAUCCCAGCCCCCUAAUGAACCACUUUUGAGAAUUAUUGUUCUGUCUUGUUUUCAGAGACCCCAGUUUUUGUAUCUCUCAUCAUUUUUACAUUUAUGAUGUUUUUGUUGUCAAUUUUCAACCUCUUUUCAUUGCUCUUUCAUAAUCCUCAUUUUGCUUUUAGUUACAUGUGUUCUGUAGAUUCUUUAUAAUUCUCAUUUCUGAGAUAUUUUUGUCUUCAGUUUUUUUUUUCGGCAGUCAUUUCACAUCUUCACGUUUAUCCAGCUGAGUUUUGGAAUUUCUAAUUUAAGGUUUUGACAAGUCUGCAAUUUACUCAUUUUAUAUUAGCAUAUUACCAUUUUACAUUAGCAUAUUACUAUUUUUAUCUUCUCAGUGCUGGAAUAUCAAACAGAGCCUCACACAUGCUAAGUAAGCACUGUACUAGAACUAUACCCCUAGCAUCUUUCCACAUUUUCAGAAUUUUAAAAUGACUUCGAACUUUUCUACGAGUGGAAUUUGUUUUGUUUCCAACAGUAUCAGGUAAUUAAAAUUAGAGGAAGGUAGGGGUUUUGAGUUAGUCUAAGAAUAAUCCUCGGCUAAGGAUGUAAUUCAGCCUUUUGUAUGUACUUAGAACAAAUUCCUAGGUUCAAUUCCAGUUGCUACAGCAUGCACAUGUACACCUAAAGUAUCUGGUAAGUUAGUUCUGUGAACUGUUACCUUUCAGCAAUAAAGCAUUUUGUAUAUGGGGAA